CUUAGUACAUCAUGUCUUUCCUCAAUGUCUUUGUUGGUGACACAGUCACCUCAGUCCUUCUUUUGCUUUUGAUUGGAAUUGUUCUGUUGUAUUUAUAUAGAGGGUCCAAACCUUCAGCUGCUUUCUACCUUCCCCCAUGUCCAACUCCUUUACCAUUGAUCGGGAACCUGCAUAUGCUGGACCUGAAAAUGCUCUACAAAAGCCUGAUGGAGUUAUCGGAGAAAUAUGGAUCUGUGUUUACCAUUCAGCUGGGACUGGAAAAAUUAGUGGUGCUCACAGGGUACGAAACAGUGAAAGAAGCUCUUGUGGAUCAUGCAGACACAUUUGCAGAGAGAGCAAAAAUCCCAGUGCUGGAAAUGCAGGCAAAUGGCUAUGGUAUUUCUUUUGGACAUGGGGAGUCAUGGAAACAGAUGCGACGAUUUGCUUUAAUGACCCUACGUAAUUUUGGAAUGGGAAAGAAAACGAUUGAAGAUAAAGUUACAGAGGAAGCUAGGUUUCUAGUGCAAGAAAUCCAAUCUCACGAAGGCCGACCCUUUGAUACAUCUGUGCCUGUCACCUCUGCCAUGGCCAACAUCAUCUGCUCAAUAGUUUUCGGUGAACGGUUUGAUUACAAGGACAAAACAUUUUGUACCAUAACAAAGCUGAUACGUGAAAAUUUUAAUCUACUUGGAACUUCUGGAGUCCAGAUGUACAAUGCUUUCCCUUUCCUGGGCUUUCUGCCUGGAACCCACAAGAAGAUAUUUGAAAACAGAACACAGAUGGUUCAGCUCAUCAUGAAUUUUUACAAAGAACAUGAGAAAACAUUGAAUGAGAAUGAUAUAGGGAGCCUGAUUGAUGCUUUCUUGGUAAAACGGAAAGAGGAAUCAAAGAACUCAGAUUCCUAUUUCCAUGACAACAACUUGGUGACUUCAGUGACAAAUUUAUUUGCGGCUGGGACAGAUACUUCCUCUUCCACGUUGCGCUGGGCCAUUCUCCUGAUGAUAAAGUACCCAGAGAUUCAAAGAAGUGUUCAGGGAGAAAUUGAAAGAGUUAUUGGAACAGAGAGAGUGCCCAGGAUGGUAGAUCGGAAGAGAAUGCCAUAUACUGAUGCGGUCUUGCAUGAGGUCCAAAGGUUUGCUAAUAUAAUUCCAAUGAAUAUUCCACAUGCAACAACCAAGGAUACUCACUUCAGAGGAUUUUUUAUACCAAAGGGAAUGCAGGUGAUUCCAUUGCUGUCCUCUGUGCUGUACGAUAAAACGCAGUGGGAAAAACCAAAUGAGUUCAACCCAUCUCACUUUCUGGAUGCUGAGGGGAGAUUUGUGAAGAGAGAAGCCUUCAUGCCUUUCUCUGCAGGGCGACGGAUUUGCUUAGGGGAAAGCCUUGCCAAAAUGGAGCUUUUUCUCUUCUUUACAACUUUGAUGCAGAGAUUCUCCUUCCGUGCCCUGCCUACGGCCCCCUUGGAUCUCACACCAUGUGUUGGUCUCACUUUAUGCCCAAAACCUCACCAAGUGUGCGCCAUAGUUCGUUAACAGAUACAGCUCACGGCAUUACUAAUCCUUCAGGAAAACCCUAGGCUCUCCACAAAUUGAAAAUUAAUCCCUUUUAUGUACCUGCAAAACGCUGGAGGAAUCUCACUGGGAACAGCAUUAAAAAAAAUUCAUAUUCUUUGAACAUUUUGGUUUAUGAAAUGCAGAAAUAUAGGAUACUGGGAAAAAAGAAAAUCUCUAUGACUGGACAGGUAGAAGAUUAUGUGAUGAAACCUCAGAUGAUAUAUCUAACCAAAUUUGUCAAUUUUGUAAACAGUGUUGAUGGGAAAUGUUUGUCUCAAAAAAAAAUCAGAAAUAGUGGAAAAACUUAGCAGGUCUUACAGCAUCUGUACAAAGAAAAUGGAGUUAAUAUUUCAUGUUC